GCUCCUCGCCCACCUCUCGCUAGCCGUUCCCGCUCUGCAGUCUCCGUGGCCGGACGCCGCGGCGACAUGGCAUCGACCUGUUUCCGCGCCGCCGCCCGCGUGGCCUCCGCCGCCGGCCGCUCGGCGGCGGCCACCCGAUCGGCUCCCUCCGCGGCCCGUGCCGCCGCCGCCGCCCACCGCGCCUCGUCCUUCUCCAGGAUGCCGGUGGAGCUCGGGUGCUGCGCGGGAUUGUCGCUGCUGCCGCUGCACAGCGCGGUGGCGGCGGCCAGGCUGACGUCGCGGCUGAGCACGGCGUCGAGCUGCCGUGCUCUCUCUCAGGGUAUCCUCUGUUGCACCUAUCCCGGGCUUUAACAUCGUAAGAUUAUUAUGCUCUUGUCCGUGUUUGCUUUCCAUUUGGUUGAACAUUGCGUCCGUGUAUUUUCUUUUAUAGUAGUUUCUUAGUUUACUGCGUGCUUGUUUGAUAGCAGUAUGUGUCGAAAACAAAUGUCAUUCAUUGUUGUAUUGUAACAGCGAAAUGUCAUCCUGACCAUUUUAACUCGUCAACGAUCAUGUUCAACACAAAACCACUUCCAUUUUCGUGAAAGCUGCCUGCUGCUCUUUAACACACAACACAUGAAUACCUUAUGGUUUCUGAAUGGAGAAGUACAUAUAAACAAUGAAGCCUUGAAUGCUGGAUGCAAACACCUUUCAUUGUACACAUUAAAAAUCUUGCCUUGAACGCUGGAUGUAACUUGCAAGCACUGCUCUGAACUCUGAAUGCAAGUACAUAUAAACAUUUUGAUGGCUAUAUUUAAGUGGAAAUGAUCAUGUCCUUUAGAUGGUUUCUAUAUUCUGACGAUUCUUGUGCAUAUAGCCUAUAUAGGGAAACUAAUCGGUUGCCCGUCUCUUAAUACAGUUUCUAUAUUUACAAUAUCUAUUUUUUUGUAGAACACAAACAAAUAUGUAUUCUAGUGGUUAGAAGCUAAGCCUGUGAGAGAAAGGGUUAGGGUUCGAACCCUAGGCUCUGUUUUUUUUCUUUUCUGGCGGUGCACGUGGUAGGGAGGCGCUCGAAGAAAUUCUCACUUAAAUAUAGUAGAGAAAAUGCCGAAUAAUGGUGUGACUAUAUGGAGUACCGUCGGAUUUACUAGCAGUGUUUCACCAUACAUUGAAACUAUAUGGAGUACCGGCAGAUUUCUUUAUUAUCUUUCCCUUCAUAGGGAUAUUUUUCUUUGAUGGGUAGGAACAAAGAUGUAGCAGAUUCCUAGUAAACCCCUUUCAUAUUUCAGUCUCUUUGGGAGGUUGUUUAGUAGCUCAAUACAUCUCAAAUGCUGAUGCUCGGUAGAAAAAAAAUCUCACUUGUUGCUUUGCAGUUCAGGACAAGAUAAUGUUUUCCAUGCUGUGCGUUUUUUGAGAGAUUCGCUUAUUCAAAAAAAAUUGGUGGGUUGAGGUCAAUUAAGUUAAGACAUUUGGUUUCUGCAGGCACUGCUGCAGGCACAUGACUUUGAUAAAAGAUAUUACCGGGAGCUUGCUGUUUUGCUUCAUACAAUCAUGAAGAAUGAGUACUUUAACACUGAAAUUGUAAUGGAAGGCUAGUGUUAUGUUAUGUACCUAGCAUUACUAGUUGCCUCUGUUGAGGAAUACCUUGAUGCAAUAAUGUAGCGUCCUUUUUGAAUGUUCUCUACAGUAAUUGAUAGUUCACUACUUCACUUGAGUC